GCCGGAUGUUGACAGCCCCGCUGCUGAGCUCGAGCUGUGGCCGUUGCUGCUAUCACGUUUCCUGAAGUCUCCACAUUUUGCUAGAAUCUUCUUGCCGCUCCACGGAGUCUGUUCACAUCCGCAGUCGAUCCAUGGCAACCGAAAGGAGGUUCCCCGAUAGCUUCAUUGACAAAGAUCCCAAGAAAGCUGUGGAGGAGCUUAAUGAUGCCCUGCAAGAAGACCCUGACAGCGCUGAGUGCUUGUGCCAGCGAGCCUACGCCCACACACUUCUCAAAAACUACAGCUGUGCUGUUGAUGAUGCCAAAAAAGCACAGCAACUAACACCCGGCCUUCCGCUCGCUUUCCUGCGAACAGGAAUAGCAGAAUACCACCUGAACCACUAUGAGUCAGCACAUGCAGCUUUAGCACAGGGACAGCAGCUGGAUGUUACUGAUAAAUCAUUUGAGUUCUGGAUCAAGCAGUGUGAGCAGAUGAUGAGAGAGCCGACGCAGGCCGGCAGCGAGUUGAGGACGCCGGCGGUUCCACCUGUGAAACACGACUGGUACCAAACAGAGUCUCAAGUCAUCGUCACCGUCAUGGCAAAAAAUGUCCCCAAGGACGGUGUGCGUGUCAGCUUCAUGGAGAAAGAGCUCUCUGCCACCAUACAGCUGGCAUCGGGGGAGAACUUCAACCUCGACCUCCACCUGCUGCACUCAAUCGUCCCUCAACAGAGCAACUUCAAGAUCCUCACCACCAAGGUGGAGUUCAAGCUGAAGAAGACCGAUGGCAUCAGAUGGGAGAAGCUGGAGGGAGAGGGACAGGAGUCCAACAUCAAACACUUCAAUCCAAGUCGGUGCCCUUCGUCGACUGACCCUCGCGCCUGCAAAUGGGACAAGAUGGUGGUGGACAUCAGCGAGGAGGAGAAAAGCGAGAAGCUGGAGGGAGACGCCGCGCUCAACAAGCUCUUCCAGCAGAUCUACUGCGAUGGCACAGACGAGGUCAAGCGAGCCAUGAACAAGUCCUUUAUGGAGUCUGGCGGCAGGUCUUAG